UUGCUUUCCCUUUUCCUCUAACCUAACCACCCAACGGACUGCCGCUAUCAUUUACAACUUUCCCAGUCGUCCUUUAUUCCCCAAUUGUUUAUAUAUUUCAAUUUCAAUUCCUGAAUCCGUUGCCCUUUCAAGAAACUAUUGUAGUAAUCUUUUACUGUCUGCAGGAAAAUAUGUAUGAUCAUAGAUUUCAGCGAACGGACCAAUGGAUGCCGGUUUACUCCUGGCUAGAAUCACUGGAGACGGACGAGGUAAUUAAGUCCAAAGAUGUUUUAGAUUGGUUGACUGCAAACCCAGAAAUCAGAGACCAGUUAUACUCCAGGCACUCGCGGUACCAUUUGUUUCAUUAUAUCAAAAAAUGCCAUGUGAAAAUCUUGAAGAGAAAAGAAAAACAGGGAUUGAUAGUCACAAAAUUGUCUCCUGCUACGGACGAUAACAACAUGGAAGCAAAAACACCUGUUUCAACCUAUAUUACUGGUAAUAAUUUGAGCAGCAUACCUAAAGACAGUGACUUGUACAAAGCGAAACAAGCUGAAGCUUUGCAAAAAUUCGAGAUUUUAGUCGAGUUGGAGAAACAGCUUAUACCUCUCUUUGGGAAGCAGGAAAACUGUUGACAGCUCGAACUCUGUGAAUUUACAAGCACCGUUAUGUGAGAGAUGAAAACCGAUAUGUAGGCAGAAUUUUACGCUUAUUUUCUACUCUAUAAAUAAUUCCGUCGAUUACUAUGUCCUCCUCUUAAUUGAGUUUUAGAUUUUAUAAUUCAAAUAUUGUAUAUUUAGAGAAGCAUGUGCUUAUAGAGUGAAACUUUUCCAAUAUUCAUCUUUGGAUUGUUACAUUAGAUUGACAUAAUACUUUUGGAUAAUUGAUGCCAAACGUCUCUUUCAUUUGACUA